AUGGAGACGGACACCGGCCUUUCCGGCAAGUCCAGCGUGGGCAAGGAGGCUUGGAGCUUUGCAGCUGGCACCUGUGGCGGAUUGAUUCCCGCUCCGGCAGAGUGCCAUGGCCUUGAGUGGAUUCGGGGCUCCGGUCCCGCCGCCUCGAGGGCGAUGAGACCGGGGCGCGGCAAGCGGAAGAAGCCGAAGCGGGAGCCUGCGGAGGGAGCAGAGGUCCCGGAUGCACCGCGGAGCCUGUUCUUCCUUAGCCAUGCGUGGCUCGCCAGCCCGAAGCCGGUGCUGGCAAUUGGCUUGGUGCUGGUGAACCUGGUACUGCUCUCUCGGAACGCGGGCCUUCUUGAGGUGCAGCCAGCCCCGCAAGUCCCACGAUUACGGCGCCCGGCGCCUCAAAGCGUGGUGCCCGGGCCGGCCGCGCCUCCACCCUUGUCACCCUCGGCGCGCCCGGCUUCCACGUCCGCGGCGCAGACCGGAGUGGUGGCCAAGCCGGCAGGAGACGAGGAUGCUAGCGGGCUCAUCGCCGAGGCACUGCGACGCAACGGGAGCCACGUGGUCCGGUUCCUGAGCCCCGCCUGGCGCCUGCCGUUGGCGAUGCUGGCGAAGGGCCAGCAGCGGCCCUACGAGGACAAGUUCCAAGAGGUGAAUCUCACCCACGGGCAGUACCAGGCGCACGAGAACGUGGUCUUCGUGUCGGCGUGCAGCGCGCACGAGAUUCACAAGACGGACAUCCCCUUUGAGGAUUUCCUGCAGGAGAAGGCUGCCUACAUGCGCAUGGCUUGUCCGGCAGAGCGGGCGGCCCAGAACGUGGAGUCCAAGCGGGUGGUCAUCUACAUGAACCUCCGGGAGAGUGGCUACUUUGGCCAUGCCAUGGAUAACGUGCUGCCCCGUGUGGCAGCGAUCAUGGAUGGCGUCCUGAAAGGGCACAGCUUGAGUCUGGUGCUGCCCCCGCUGGGCAAGCGCUCCAUGAGCGCCAACACCCAGCUGCUGGGCCGGGCGCUGGGCAUCGAGGUGCUGCAGCAGGUGCCCUCGGCGCCCCACCGGACGCUGGGCCUCAGCGGCGUGGCGCCGUGGAGCGCCUCGGCCCGGCGCUGGCUGCAGCGGCGGAUCCGGCAGAGCCCGCUGCUGGCGGAGGCGCAGCCGGCCGUCUGCCAGGCGCCCCCCGGCUGCGCCUGCGGCUCCGGCGGCUCCGGCGGGAUCUUCGUGGGCCGCAAGGGCUCGCGGAACUCGCGGCCCCUACCUGGCGCGGAGCUGUUGGAGGCCGCUUUCGCCCGGCGGGGCUUCCGCAUCGUUUCGGACGCCUCUGCGUUGCCCUUGGCAGAGCUGGCGAAGGCGUUGUACGGCACCUGCCGCCUCGCCGGGUUCUCUGGCACGGGGAUGCUGAACAUGAUCUUCCUGCCGCCCCAGGCUUCUGUCGUGGAGCUGAAUCCCCACAUGGUCUACGCCAAUUCCUGGCUCUGGGCGCAUACCUUGGGCUACUGCUACUGCCAGGUCCUGCCCCGGGCGGUGGACGCGGAUUCCGCGGAGCGGUGGGCGGCCCUUGCCCUCGGGGUAGCCAGCGAAGUCGAAAUCGAAAAGAGCGAUGCACGGCCGCCGAAUCGCAUCGGAAUCGUCGGUGUUGAGGAGUCGCACCGUCUGCGCUUCUCGGCCGCGGAGAGGGUGCUGUACCUCUUCCGGCAACAAGACGAGCCAAGCAGCAAGCCGCGCCGCGCCGAGGCCUUGCUGCCUCUCUGCAGCUGCGCCGAGGCGCCGGCGGUGUUGCUGGAACGGCUGCGGGCGGAGGUGGCCGGGCAGCUCCGGGCCAAGGAGGCGGAUGCAACGCUAGCAGCAGCGCAGAUGGCGGACUUUGAGCUGAGGCUGCAAGUGGCGCAGCUGGCUCGGGGCCUGCCGGGCCUUGAGCGGGAGGCGCUGCUGUGCGCCGCCCACGGGGCGGCCGCGCAGCUGCGGGGGCUGGUGCAGGAGCAGGCGGCAGAGCCGCUAGAGGCACAGCUGCGGCGCCUGGCGCAGCAGGUGGUGGCUGGCGCGGACGCGGACCCGGAGGAGCUGGAGGGCCUGCGGCCGCCCAAGCACACCGCCGCGUGCCAGGCCUGUCAGCAGCUGGCCGGCGACAGCAGCGCCGGCGCUCCGUCCGGGCGCCGGGCGCGCCUGGCGCUGCAGCGGGCGGAGAAGGCGCUGGCGGCAGCGCAGCGGCAGAGCGCGCGGCUGCAGGCGCUGCUGCAGGUUGCGGGCCUGGAGCCUAUCGCCGGGGAUGCGCCGGAGGUGGCCUUCCCCGCGGAGGAGGUUCGCCGGGAGAGCCGACAUCCCGCGAAGGUGGAGGCGGUGCUGGCGGAAGUGCGGAAGUUGGGGCCAAGGAGCCAGUGCCUGGUGUUGGGCAGUGCGCCGCUCCUGAAGAAACUCCAGGAGCUGCUUGAGAGCUCGGAAGCUCCGCUGGAGGUUUGCUGGCUGCCGGAGGGCACGGGCGAGGGCAAAGGCGAGCGCCGGGUGCUGCUGGCGAGCGCGGAGUUUUGCGAGAAGCGGCGCCGCGUGCCGUGGGACGGCGAAGCAGUGCGGCACGUCUUCCUGACGCAGCCGCUCAAGGGUCCGCUGGAGCGAAGGGUGGCGGUGGAAGCGGCGGUGGUCCACCGCUUCUGGGUCGCCCAAACCGUGGAAGAAGAGCUUCACGCCAGCUGA